GUGUGUGUGUGUGUGUGUGUGAGUGUGUGUGUGAGUGUGUGCGUGCAAUCGGACUAGCAGCGCGUAGCUCUCGUCCAGCUGCUGGAAAUGUCCGAACACAAGGCAAUUGAUCCGAAGUUAUCGACGACGGACAGGGUGGUAAAAGCUGUCCCUUUUCCUCCAAGUCACCGGCUUACAGCAAAGGAAGUGUUUGAUAAUGAUGGGAAACCUCGGGUGGAUAUCUUAAAGGCACAUCUCAUGAAGGAGGGAAGGCUGGAAGAAAGUGUUGCUUUGAGAAUAAUCACAGAGGGUGCUUCAAUUCUUCGACAGGAAAAAAAUUUACUGGACAUUGAUGCUCCAGUCACAGUUUGUGGGGACAUCCAUGGACAAUUCUUUGAUUUGAUGAAGCUCUUUGAAGUGGGAGGCUCUCCGGCCAACACACGAUACCUCUUCUUAGGGGAUUAUGUGGACAGAGGGUACUUCAGUAUUGAAUGUGUGCUGUAUUUAUGGGCCUUGAAAAUCCUUUACCCUAAAACACUGUUUUUACUUCGUGGAAAUCAUGAAUGUAGACAUUUAACAGAGUAUUUCACAUUUAAACAAGAAUGUAAAAUAAAGUAUUCAGAAAGAGUAUACGAUGCCUGCAUGGACGCCUUUGACUGCCUUCCUUUGGCUGCCCUGAUGAACCAACAGUUCCUGUGUGUACAUGGUGGCUUGUCGCCAGAGAUCAACACCUUAGAUGAUAUCAGAAAAUUAGACCGAUUCAAAGAACCACCGGCAUAUGGACCUAUGUGUGAUAUCCUGUGGUCAGACCCCCUGGAAGACUUUGGAAAUGAGAAGACUCAGGAACAUUUCACUCACAACACAGUCAGGGGCUGUUCAUACUUCUACAGUUACCCUGCUGUAUGUGAAUUCUUACAGCACAAUAACUUGUUAUCUAUACUUCGAGCCCAUGAAGCCCAAGAUGCAGGGUAUCGCAUGUAUAGGAAAAGCCAAACAACUGGCUUCCCUUCUCUUAUUACAAUCUUUUCAGCACCAAAUUAUCUAGAUGUGUACAAUAACAAAGCUGCAGUAUUGAAGUAUGAGAACAAUGUUAUGAACAUCAGACAAUUCAACUGCUCUCCUCAUCCAUACUGGCUUCCAAAUUUCAUGGAUGUCUUUACUUGGUCCUUGCCAUUUGUUGGAGAAAAAGUGACAGAGAUGCUGGUAAAUGUGCUUAACAUCUGCUCAGAUGAUGAACUAGGGUCUGAAGAAGAUGGAUUUGAUGGAGCUACAGCUGCAGCCCGGAAGGAGGUUAUCAGGAACAAGAUCCGAGCAAUAGGCAAGAUGGCGAGAGUAUUCUCAGUUCUGAGAGAAGAGAGUGAGAGUGUGCUGACUCUGAAAGGCCUGACUCCCACGGGCAUGCUUCCCAGCGGGGUGCUCUCUGGAGGAAAACAAACCCUACAGAGCGCUACUGUUGAGGCUAUUGAGGCUGAUGAAGCUAUCAAAGGAUUUUCACCACAACAUAAGAUCACUAGCUUCGAAGAGGCCAAGGGCCUAGACCGAAUUAAUGAGAGGAUGCCUCCUCGCAGAGAUGCCAUGCCCUCUGAUGCCAACCUUAACUCCAUCAACAAGGCUAUCUCUUCAGAGACUAAUGGCACUGACAGCAAUGGCAGUAAUAGCAGCAAUAUUCAGUGACCACUUCCCGUUCAUUUUUCUCUCCUUUCUUUUUUUUCUCUUCCUUUCUUUUUCUCUUUUUCUUUUCUUUCUUUUUUUUCAAGCUGCAGGGCAUGAUGGGGAUUACUGCACAUCAGCAGUUGGGUAGUCUUGCCUCUGAUUGUAGCUUACUUGCUCUGGGGGCCAGGUGUUGGAUUCAGUUUACAAUAUCAUCUAGAAAGAGAGAUAGUAAACUACAUUUUGAUGGAUGUGUGGUGGAGGCAGUAAACACCUCCUUGGGACAGACCUUCAAAAAAAAAUGCUUGUAGAAACAAAUAAAAGAAUGCUAAGGCUGGUGUAUGAAUGCAUUGGGAACUCCUAGAUAGGUUACUGAAAGGCCUCUUAUUAUGUUACUGGAUAUGAAAACUUUGUCUAUUUCUUACUCUGUUGUACGUUUACAGUUGCAGCACUAAAAAUGGAUGUCAUCAAACAUUUUUAACAAAAUGAUGUACAAACUAAAUAAGGACUAUUUAUUGAUAAUGUUUUGCUAUUCUUGUCAGACAAUGGCUAUAAACUGAAUUAGGCAGUCUUUAAAAAAAAAAGGAAAAAAAAAAGAAUGUUGUUGCAAAUUUGUUAAAAAUGCCAAAAAAAAAAAAAAAAAAAAAAAAAGGACAGUUUAAUUUUGUACAGAUUAUUGCUUACCUCAGGUUUCUUUAGUGUGCUUGAAUGCCCUUCUUUCACUAUUAUACUAUCUUACUCAUUUGGCAAUGAAUAUUUCUUUUUUUUCCCUUUAAGUUUAAAAAAAAAACUGGAAUAAUUACAUCUAUCUUUUUUUUUGCUGUUUAUAUUUAGGAUUUUUGUUUUUGUUUUCGGUAAAUCAAAUCUUGGUUGUGGCUUGCUGAAUUUAAAUAUUUAUGAGUGGUGCAUUUUUAAGUAUAGUGAACAAGACACCAUAUUAAGUGCAGUGCAAAGCAUCUAUAUUCUGUAAAAAUCUGCCUAUGCAUGUUUUUUAAGAAAAAAAUGGCUAUAUAGGCCUGUAUGGGACUGUAAUGCGCUUAGUGGUCUGACUUAUACUGGAAAUGUAUGUAUACUGGCGUACUUUAUAUUCUCUAAAAAUGCUUAAUGCCUUUGAAAUUUUGUAAUCAAAAAAAGCUUUGAAAAAAAUCUAAAGGGGAGAGUAUUCUUAAAAGUUUUUAACAUAAGCUUGUCAGUGCACAUAUAGAUGGUUAGCAUGUUUAGCAAACCUUGUGAAAUUUAAAUAAGUUUGUAGUUACAUGUGAAACUAAAUGCAUGGUAACUGUUAAUGUCAUAAUGGUUUAGUCAUUUUGUUCUGUUCUGUCGCGUGCCACAAAAUGUGUAAUUUUUUCACUUUUUUCCCUUUGUAUAUCAGUUAAUGGGUUACAACUGGUUCAUUCUGAAAACAACAAAACAGUCCAUUGAUAUUUUUUAACAAAUGUAUAAGUGCCCAAGUAAUUCACUACAGCCUAAAGCCUUGCCUUUGUAAUUUGACUUCUGAAAUGUUGGCAAUCAAAGCAUGCACUUGUAACAAUGAAAAAAAGCAUUUUAUAUUACUACUCAAUAAAAAUGUGCAUGAACUUAAAGAACUCUCCUCCUGUCCACUGAGUCUCCCCUGAAGGUCUUUGUGUAUACAACCACCAUAUAUCCUCCAGGUUUUGGGCCCACUACCAAGCAUCCCCCUUUUUACUUGGAACAGGCUUCCUGGGGCCUGGUGGGUGUGGUGCAUGCUUUCAUUAAAUCAUCUGGGUGGCAUAUUAUCCCACUCUAAAAAAAGAAAGAAAUCUAUUUUGAAAAAACAAGACCAGAGGCUCUUUUGAAUGUGGCAGCUGAUCAUAAAUCCAUGAUUUUUUUUUCCAAAUUAAGAAAGAAAUCAAAUUUAUUAUCAAGUUGUUGCAACUGGAUUGGAUUCUAUGAUCCCUAAAAGAGAACAGUAUAAACUGGCACUUUCUCUCUCAGAAGAAAAAGCUGUCUCUGUAUUGGUAGGAAAUUGCUAUAUUGGCACUUUGGCUGAUUAAGGAUUUAAGAUAGACCAAAUUUCAAUUCUUGCUCCUAAUAUUGUUCAUUUCCAGCAUUCUUUUUUUAAUGCAAUAUACAGUAUACCCAACAUUAAAGUAAUCAGAAAAUGGCACUUUUUAUUCAUAGUGUACUAAGAUUGACAUGUUACAAAUAUUUCUUUGCUCAAUUUUCUGAAUCCAGAAAACCAUUUUCCUCCCUAUUGAAAAUUUCUCUUGACUCAAAAAUGACAUCUCCAGAAAAUAUUUAGAUGCAGCGUUCUAGAACAGUAUGAAAGCAAUGAUGGUUAUAGUACCAUGGUGUUUCUUUUCCUCCAUUUUAGCUACAGAGAAAAUAUCAUGGAAAAUGAGAAAAAAAAACCCUUUUCUUUCCUUUUUGGUUCUUUUCCUUUAAAAAUUGUGCUUGAGGCAAUUAUGGCAUAGAAAUAAACAUUUGACAUUAAAAACAACAAAAAAA